UGGACCAGCCGACGUCUGGCCGGAGGGCGCCGCUCCUGCUCUUUGCCCGGUUGCUCCAGGAAGUGAAUAAAGUGAGUUGGUGAGAGGCGGAUUCAACUCAUGCAUCUGAUUGGUGGCAGAUGAAGGACCCAGAUCUGUCUCCUGACUCCUAAUCUAUUGAACUCGUACCGUGUGCAUGUGGCAAAGGAAAAACUUGACUCAUUGAUACAGACAUCAGUCCUCUUCUCGUCAGCUGUGUCUUCCCUUCUUCGCUCAGAGCCUCCAUGACUUGUGGGGCAGAAUUGGCUCUUUUGUCAAAGUCCAGCUGUGCUUGAAAGAUUUCAAGGUGGAUUUGUACCUGGCUGGCAACUUUUUUACCCCCUUUUUCUUUCAAACUUGGACGGAUAAAAGAUGUGCUAUGGCAGGAUAACACCAAAGAGCAGCUCAGCCUCACCAUUUGCCUCCUUAGGACAUGGAUUACUUCUUCCAUUCAUGAUUAUUAACACUUUCCUUGGAAAUGGAAUUGCUUCAGUGUGUCCUCGACCACCAGCACCAGAAAAUGGUGGCUUCAUCUGCCAUCCAACCCCCUGUAAAGAUCCCUUGGCAUCAGGCAGUGUCAUCGAGUACCUUUGUGAUGAAGGCUACAUGCUGAAAGGGGAUUACAAAUACCUGACAUGUAAAGAUGGGGAAUGGAACCCAGCCAUGGAGGUCAGCUGCCAUCACAGCCAAGACAAAGACAUUCGCACAACGAUCGGUGUGCCUGCCCUGUCCAUAGUGGCCUCUACAGCAAGCUCAGUAGCACUCAUCCUUCUCCUGGUUGUGCUUUUUGUUCUGCUGCAGCCAAAGUUGAAGUCCUUCCAUCAUAGCAGGCGUGACCAAGGGGUAUCUGGUGACCAGGUCUCCAUUAUGGUGGAUGGUGUUCAGGUGGCCUUGCCGUCAUAUGAAGAAGCAGUGUAUGGCAGCUCUGGGAAUUCUGUGCUGCCUUCUAACUCCCGAGUGCAAAUUGUGUUGUCUGAAGGGGCCGGGCCAAGCAGCACAAGGGAAGUGCAGCAGCAAGACCAAGGAAGCCAUGUCUGCUCUUCCUCAGGGGGAGAGGAUGAUGCCCCAGAGCACUCCAGCUUAGGUGAUGCCCGCAGUGCUCAGCGCGCAGAGACUGUGAUGGUGCACCAGGCCACCACCUCCUCCUGGGUGGCCGGCCCGGGAAACAGCCAUCCAGCACACAAAGACGCUGCAGACUCAGAAAACAGCGACAUACAAAGCCUUUUAUCUCUCACUUCUGAGGAAUAUACAGAUGAUAUCCCGUUGUUGAAAGAAGCAUGAAGUUUGCUGCCGUCUUCAUGUGGCCUCCUUCCCCUUUACGUUGUUCCUUCCUGCCCCCUUCCAUUUCCCCGGGGGUUUUGAGCACUCUGUGCAGCCUCUAUGCCCAGUCCUAUGCCCUCCUGCCCUGGUGAUUAGAGCAGCGCCCCAAAGUCACUCCUGGCCGACCAUCCAAAGGAAACCUUUGCUGGGCAGCCAACGGGGCUGGUCCCGCGCUUGGCCUCUCCUGCCUCUCUCUUUCUGGAACUUAUUUGAGUGAGCUGAGAUUGGGCCCUUCCUUCCUUCCACCUCCUCAGACCUCUUCAGCCCUCCCCUCAGCCAGCUGUUUAGCAGCGGCCCCCCGCAGGCCAUAGCACGGCUGUCUUUACUUGUGCCUUCCCCCAGCCCCCAGGCCUGUUGGCUCCACACUGGCCUGAGUGGUUGCGCUGUUGCUGCUGCUGUUGCUGCACAGGAUGCAAAAGGUCUAUGGGGCCAGUGCCCCCACCAUUACUAUUAGUAGCAGUAAGCCCAAGGUUGGGAGCUUGCUGGUGAGAAAAGGCUUCAGGGUAGAGGCAGUGAUCAUGGGGGGAUUGGAGGUGGAAGAAGAGGGGAAUCACCCCCCAGUGGCUGCCUUGUGAUGAGCAGCUGUAUACUUGGAUGACACCUCUGUGACUUCUUUAACUAUUUAAUAGAGGGAUUAUUAAGAAUCAUGCCAGUUUUCAGUAGUUCUGUGUUGAUCAAUCCAGGGGCCAAGAAUGCUGGCCCCUCUUUAAUUGAUAUUUUUAGGUGAUACAUGUGAGAGAUCUUGAAGGUGGGGAAGGGAGAGCAUGUGGAGGAGGCAGCUGGUGUCUUUCUAAUAUGCAAGAUCCCACUUACGAGUCUUGGCUUUCUCAGCCAUGACCUUUGUCUCGCCCCCAUUCUCUAGAUUCUAAAGGAAAGCGACAUGUGGCCUCCGGGGUUUGUUUUCCUUUUCCCAGGCCCCUGUGCCAGAAAUGGCUCAUCUGUAGAAAGAAGAAGAGAAGUCAGAAACCAUCUCGUUCCCGUCGUCAUUCCCUCCUGCACAUGCUGGUUUCCCAGGCUUGCAACUAGCAUUUUGGGCCAGUUGCAUCUUUCUGGGUGUGUGGUAAUAUUAUGGAGCUGGAGGAGCUGACGUGCACUCCUCUCCCCGACACAGUGCCUUGGGUGUGGCUGCAGGCAGCCCAAACCCUGGGUCCUGAGCAUUCCUGUCAACACAGUCACGUGCCUUAGUAACUGUGCCCAAGAAGCACCCUGCUACUUAGUGCUGCUGCUUUUCCCCCUUCACCUUUUCCUCUCCCACCUCCCCUUCCUCUUUCUCCUUUGUCACAGCUGACAGAUGACUUUCUUGUCUUCCUUGGAGCUCAGGCAGAAGGGCUAAGAAAGAGCCUGAGCUACCACCCUCACUCCAGUAAGGGGACGGCCUUGCUGGGGGUGAAUGGUUGCUUAGCAACUCUGCUCAAGUGGCACUUAGGUUGAGGGAUAGAGAGGGAGGGGUACUCUAGAAGAGCCGUGUGUGUUUGGGGAGCAGGCAUCAUUCUCUAGGGCCAUUGGUUUCCUAGAGAAAAGACCAGAGUGAAGGCAUUUAGGCUUUUUAUAAGGUUACUUGGCAGAGCCUCCCAUAGACAGCUUCCAUGAUGGUGUACGUAGAGAGCGAUUCAGUUCUUUGACCAUCGUGAGAGCUCAGAAGGACGUUGGAUAAAGGGGACCGAGGCUUGGGAAGCUCUUAGAAACACUGGGGCAGAAGACUUGGAAGAUGCCCCUCUUUUAUUCUUCUCCCCCCAGCUGCCUUUUCCAGAUGGUGGUAAUAACUUCCCAUUAUUAUGUAACCUGCUCAACAGAGUGUUUGGGGACUACCUGCAGCUGUCUUAGACAAUGGGAGUGACCACAAAGAACAACUAGAAAGAGAAACUUCUCUCAGCCAGCAGUGUGGCUGCCUCCCCCCUUAACCACCCGUACACAUCCUUACACACCGCACUUUAUUGCACUGUCAUCCCCUUGUUUUAGCAACAAGAAGCAGUCUCGCUUCCUCCUAGAGUCAUAAUAAUAGCUGACAUUUAUGUGGCGCUUUGUAAGGGAAGUGCCUGUUGUGUUCCAUUAUUUACUUCCUCCCCACUUGCCCUCCACUACCACACCACAUAACUUACCCAAAGCCAUGUGAGUUGGCUGGGAAUUUGGGGAGAGGCCCUGUAAGGAGACUUCACAGCAGGCACUGCUGCUUCGGAGAUGAACUUAAGACUAGGAGAGUGCAAUGAAGCAAAAAGGAUGGCAAGUGAACCCCCUGUCUCCGCAACCACUUUUAGUAUCUAGAACCACAGGCAGCUUCUGGUCCCCGGGAGGAGUAGGGGGAGGGUCCCUCAUGCCCACUGCUGCCUGGCCACAAGUGGAGCGUGCCCAAGCCCUUCCUUUCAGUCUUCAUAAAAUGGUGAAAAAUAGAAACAGUUGAGGGAGAGACGAUCCUGCCUCCCUAUCAAGCCUUCAGCUGGUGCUUUCCAGUGUUUGAAUAUCUGCAUGGACCUAUGUCCCAGGAUACCAGAAAGAGAAUAUCUUAGCAUGUUUUUUUGUUGGAAUGAUCCUGUCCUCAAAGAAUACACUCCAGGACCCUAUGUUUACUGAGCAUCAAGUGGACUGUUUGCUGGCCCUUUAAAAAGGGAAAAAGAAAGCUUCCCCAUUUCUGAAGAUCCCUUCCACUGGUCUUGGUCAGACAGAGCAGCCUACCCAGGGGACUGACUGCAUGCCCAGACAUGCUGCCAAAUUAAAAGGGAAAAGGAAAAGGUGAGGAGGAGACUAAAUCCAUGAGUCCUUUUCCCCCACCUGCUUUGGUUACUGGAAUAUGAAAUAAAGGCAGGGCUGUUGAGAAACCUGUAUUGGAUUAAAUUAGACCUCUUUCGUUAAAUAGCCUAUCCUGUGUAGGCUACACGUUAGCUGCUACUAACCAGAACAGCUUCAAAUAGAGUAAUUCCCUCCCUCCCCCAGAACAACCUUUUAAUGACUCCUCAGCAGGAAAACAGCUGGCAUUUAGCCCCUCAGUACUGUUUUCAGGACUCAUGGACUUGACUUUGACAAUUGUAAAGGGAUUCAGGGAGUUUAACAGCUGCUUUGAGGUGGGUCCUGGCCAAGAGACAAAGGCAUGCUCUAUUGGAUAGAGCAACUAGGCUGGUUGUUGGUGGUCCCUAGAAGAAAAAAAAAAGGGUACCCAAAGGAGCUUCUUUGGAUGGGAAUGAGACACACUGUUUGACAAAACACAAACCACUGUAGGUGAACUGAGCAAAAAGCAUGUGUCAGCUUUUUAGGUCUUAGGAAAGUAAUGGUCAGCACCAAAGGACUAAAUUUUUUUUUCUUUUUUUUCUUUUUUGCACAAAAAAUAUUCUGUCUGCCUCAGUGCAAGUUUUAUAUCGUAUUGACUUGCACCAUCAUAAUUACUUCAAAGAGAACCAGUGUAAGGUGAAAACUCUUCUUAAAGUAAUACCUGUUCUUUGCAAUGCCUUAGUUUAACACUUUGCCAUCUCUGCAGUUUGUUUACUUUGCCACCUCCCGUUGCACCUGGUGUCAACUUGACCACUUUGGUGCUGUGCUGUUGUUUCCCCCUAAUUCUUCUGAGUUGGGGUUCCAGCACUGCCCAGGAAAGCUUCCAUCUAAUUCUUUUUCCAAGCAGAUUUUAUUAGAUACAGUAUUUCACUGUACUUUCUAUAAAUCUAUUUAAAAACAAAAUUUAAACUAAUAUCCUCAUUUGCCUCCAUUCUUCAGAUACAUCUGUCUGUCCCCCUCCUGCACAUUCUAAUAACCUCUAAUGAGAAGCUACCUAGCAAGACAAAGGUAUAGUUUUCCUGCUUUCAUUCCCAGGAACACCAGAGUAGCAGUCUAGUCAUCCUUUCCUGCAUCCUAGCCUAGCUUUCAGGUUCUUUGCUUGCAUAUCUCCUGCUUCCUACAUUUUUAGGAAAGCAUGUGAGCACAGAGAUUGGAAUAUACUAUAAAAAUGUCUGUCUUGGCUUUAAAAAAAAAAAAA